AUGGAUUUAUUUAGUCAUUUAAAUUGGUAUAGAGGAAACAAUGUAGAUGGUACUCCAAUGAAGGCAGUUCCAAGUUCAAAGUUAAUUUUGAUUGCCGAUACUCUUGGAGCGGAAGGAUCUUUUGUUAUUCACGAUGUUUUACAAUCGGUUAGCAAGCGUGAUGAUAUGGGUGUUUGUUUGGUCGGUCUGAAUCAAUCGUUGUUCCACUAUCACAGUGUCGGUAGAAAGCUAGGCUACAACUUGACAACAGAGAAUCAAAAGGGUCAUUUCAGCUUUAUAAACGGUCUCGGUAGUAGCUACAGCUGGAUCGAGCAACUCGCUGCAGCGGCACGCGAAGAAGCCGGUAUAGAAGAGGAACCACCACUCGAUCCUAUCUCCAAAGGUUUUCAACCGUUUCCAAUACAACCGCUGCCCGCCAACAGCAGCAGCAACAACAACACCAACAAAUCAGAUAAAUCACAAUUUUUCAAGCAGCUAUUUGAAUUGCUGGUCAAAGACCAUCAACAACGAAUGAAAAAGCUACAAAACUCACAUACAUUGUUCGUAAUCGAUAAUCUUAAUCUACUCAGUAGCUUUGGUGCAAGCGAUAUCGAUGUACUCCACUUUAUUCAAUUCUGUCAGAGCUACGUUAAAGAGCAGGCCAACUGCUCGUUGCUGCUGCUCUACCACUCGGAUUGCACCGACGAUGAAACAUUCCUCAGACUACUCCAAUACGAAUCGGAUUUAACAUUGAUGGUAGAUGGUCUCAAGACUGGUUACUCAAGAGAUAUAGAUGGUCAAAUUGAUUUCCUCCAAAAGAGAGAAGAUAAUACACUACAGAGAUUAAGCGCUAUUCACUAUCAGGUUUUGGAUAAUAGUAUAAGAUAUUUCUCAAUGGGAUCAAGAAUCCAAUAA